GGUAGCUAUGGCCCGGAAUCUAACCUAUGUCGUUAAGUUCAGCAGAAGAAUAGUAUAGCUUCUGAGAGGUCAGUAAAUAGGCUAUUUUGUAUCCAAGCAAAGGCAUUGGAUUUGGUUACGUGAAUAUGUAAUUGGUAUUUGUUCCAACCUUGAAAAAGAAAAAAAAGAAGCAUUCGCGCUUCUUCGUGAAACCCCGACAGCCGAGUCCGAAAGCCCAUUUCGUAGUAAACAGGUAUGACUCAAUGUGACUUUUCUGGGCCCCUGUACUACACUCGUUGCUAUUUGCUUGCCGGCGCUUAUCCGCUUAUCUGGCGGCGUUCACUCCAUGUCGCUCCCUGCAGAUAGUAUGACGGGCGGUCGUGCUCGCCCGCUUUAUCUCUACAUCCUGCACAUCCAGCAAGCAGAGUGCCUACGUUUCUUAUUCUGCGCGUGGACUCUGAGCAACCCUCUGGACGCUUCGUCUUCGUCCGCAAAGAUCAGUGUGUGUUUAUGCGAGUUUGGAGCAUUCGAGUUUCGAGCUUAUAUGAGUUUCGAGCGAGUGACUGACUCCUGUGUUUGCCUCCUUUCGCGGAAAUCAAUUGUUUUCUGUGUGUCCGUUUCCAUACGGCUUCAACAAAGGCAUCUGAUGCAUUAUAAACGAGACCAUUUCUUUUGAAGACCAUGCCUGAGCUUCCGCGCAUCGUAAUACUCCGCGGAUUCCAGCGGGGAGUCGACUGGAGACCAACACAACUGGCUGAUCCGGUUCCCUCGACGCUGCAUGCAUGUAGCCUGUGUGGUGGCGUGCAGAGAACUAUCAAUGUGCUUCCAUGCUUGCAUGCAUUCUGCGACAAUUGCCUGCAAGCGAGUGAGGCCGAAUCUCAAGACUGUCACAUGCGCUGCCUACUGGAUGGCAUGUCGUUCGUCUGCGAGCGAGAAAUAGUUAGUAAGGAAUGUUCUGCGGAAGAUGCUGCGUCGCUGAAGGUGGUGUGCUGGAACGCGUGCUAUGGCUGUGAUUUUAUGGGGCCAGUCUCUAGUUUACCAGAGCACUUCGAGGAGAACUGCUCAUUUCAUCCAGCCGUCUGUCCUCGAUGCAAUAUGACCAUGCUUCUAACGGACCUGCCAGGCCAUUAUCGAACGGGUUGUAUGCCGCCUCUUGAACGGAGCGAUCUGACACCUUCGGAGGCGCGAAACAGCAGUUAUACAGUGCGCAAGACGUGGACAGCAAAAGUGGUUUUGGAUGGCAAUGAAGACUGCCACGUAAAAAUCAUCAUACUGGAAGAGAACUCGGUGCUGGACGUCUGCGCGAAAGUUGAAGAGCAGCGCAAAACUUUCAACCCGUGGAAGGUGGAGUCCGUGAGGUUGACGCAUUAA